CUGACACUACUGACAGCCUGGGCGCGUGUCGUGUUCUCUGUUUACGAUUACUUACGAAUUAGUAUAAAAUAAAGUACAGCAAAAUAUAUUCUGAAGGCAAUUUACAACAAUAUCUUAAAAAAUGGUAGACUGUCCAACCCCAAAAAAACGACGUAAAGGCAACGUUAAUAGCCAACAGCAAGAUGUUUUAAGAAAAGAAAAUGGAACCGGUGACUCCGCCGUAGACGUAAAUGAUAAUAAACGGGCCCGUCCAAAGCAUAUGCCUAAGUUUAGGCUAAAAACCUCAGGUGAGACCUCUUCCUUGUGUACUCCUAGUAGUGAAAGAAUCCCGUUGACCCUGACUGAUAUACAGUACGUGUUACUGCACUCAUUGCUGGGGAAUCUAAACUUAGCGCAACCACCCCGGUGGUAUGUGCUUGACAAAUGCAAUAAUAUCAAACAAACUACAUGUCUCGUUCUGGAGGGCAUUUCUAUGCAGCAUUGGGAUAAAUUACAAGAUAAAUUCCCUAAAACUAAAAAAAUAUUUGAAGAUUAUGUGGAAGUCCUUACACCAUCGGUGUAUGGAGGCUCUCUGGUGCAAGAACUAGCAUUAGUUCCUCUAUCAGAAAAUGAAAAAGAUAUUCUGAUUCAAAAGUAUGGAAGUAUGAACUUGGCUCUAGAAGCAAGAAAAGACUUGAUGAUUAUGAUGAGGGCAGUGUUUCCCAUCACAGGGGAAGUCAAUGAGCCACUUGAAAUCAGUUCAGAAGAUAAAUUCCCAAGAACACAACUAAUGCUAUCAGCAUGGCAACUGAUAGAGGAAUCUUACCCAGUUCCUUUAAAAGGCAAGCUGGAGAGUGCUUACUCAGAUUAUGUCAUGACAAAAGAUCAGUAUAUGCCAGUUACAGAUAAAUCACCCAUGUUUGGUCUAGAUUGUGAAAUGUGCAUUACCAAUGCAGGCUCUGAGCUGACUCGAGUGUCCUUGGUAGAUGAAAAGCACAAUAUGAUCUAUGAUUCCCUUGUAAAGCCAUAUAAUGAUAUUACAGACUAUUUAACAAGAUACUCUGGGAUAACAAAGAAGCUAUUGAGUGAUGUGACCAAGCGCCUUGAAGAUGUCCAAAAGGAUAUCAGAGAACUGUUGCCAGCAGAUGCAAUAUUAGUAGGACAAUCCUUAAACUUAGAUUUGCAUGCUUUAAGGAUGAUGCAUCCAUAUGUAAUAGAUACUAGUGUAAUCUUUAAUUUUACUGGAGAAAGAACUCGCAAACCUAAGCUCAAAGCAUUAGCAAGAGAAUUGUUGAAACUAGAUAUCCAAUCAGGUAAGAAUGGCCAUUGUUCUGUAGAAGACUCACUGGCAUCACUCAAACUAGUACAGCUUAAACUUGGUAAACAUUUAGAAUUUGGAGAUGCUGUGCAUACCAACAGGGAAAAAUACAAGGAGAAUUUUAAAUUGGCAAUUGCAAAAGAAUAUGCUUUAUCAAUCUUCAACCAUAUGAUAGAGCAAAAGAAAACUUCUCUAGUUGUUGGCUGUGACAACAUAACAGGUGAUUAUCACACAUACCUGACCCAAGCUAAAGAAAGUUUAAGUUCACAAUUUAAAAAAGUGAAACCGAAAAGGGUUAAACUGAAAACUGUUGAUGGGGUUGAGGAAGUGAUUUCAUCAUUAGCAGAGUCUGUAAAGGAGUACAACUUUUCUAUGGCGCAUUUGAAACUAGACAUAGAUAGUGAAAAUGAGAGUAAACAAAUAGAGCAAAUAGAUAACUGGAUACAAAUCGUGUGGAACAGUCUGCCACAUGCAGCGCUGUGUGCCGUUGUGUUUGGUGGAACCACUGAUGAUAAUGGACUUGCUAUGAUAAAGAUCAAAAGUAGUUUGUAGCUUUCCUAAUAUGAUAUUAUAGUUAGAUUAAGCCUAAUGAACACAUUUGAUUUAUGUCAAUGAAACAUGUAUCUAUGUACCAAAAUAUCAUAUUUGGUAUAAAA